AUGGAUUCCUCAGAAACUCAAAACCCUUUCAUCAGUCGAAUAAAUGACCUAGCCCACGGGAAUAUCCAGGUCGCUGACUUAUACGCUUAUAUGAAAGAAAAUGCUAUAAACCCUGCAAAACAUAUAGGAAAAGAUGGGUAUACUGCGCUACACAUUUGUGCACUUAACAGCAUGACCUCACUAGUAAAAUUCUUGAUAAGAUAUGUGCAGGAGUUUUUACCAAACCAGGCAGAUACCAUUAUUAAAAGCUGAGUUAACCAGCCCUCGACUGAAGGGUUUACUUGCAUUCAAUUAGCAGCAUUUAGAGGAAAUAUGGUAAAAAUUACGUAGAAAUUAGCAAAAUUACUGCUGAAGUUAGGCGCAAACCCGAAAACAGUGACAAAUCAAGGGCUAAAUAUCAUGCACAUCGCAGCGCAAGGCGACCAAAUGAAUAUGCUGGCGUUGUUUGAAAGCAUGGGGAUCACUUAUAACUUGAAGGACAAAAAAGGGGCUACACCUCUGCAUAUAGCUGCUAAUCAAGGAUGCGAGGUCGCAAUGUCAGUUCUGCUGUCUUGGCCUGCAGAAGUGAAUGCAGUUGACGAUGAAGGGCAAACUCCUCUUCAUUUGGCAACUAUUUCUGGAAAUGCUCGAUGUGUCAGGAAUUUACUGCUAAAAGGAGCAAACACCGAAACCAAAGACAAAAGAGGCCAAACUCCGAUGAUGAUUGCAAAGGAACUUAAUCAUGCGACAAUCAUUUCUUUGCUUAAUGAGCCUGGGCUGUGGUCACUUUGCGGAAUUAAACCUCCGCAGCGACCGGUUAAAUACAAAAGAGGACUUUUGGCAUUGUUUGUGGUACUUUUGGUGGUAGGAAUUACUGGAAACAUUCUCUUUAUUUACAGAAACAACUACUACAUUGCGAUAUCUGCAAUAGAAUUUGUCUUUCUAUUAAUUAUUUGCAAUAAAGACCCUGGAUAUUUGAAGAACAAUAAAGGAAACACUCUGUUGUCUCUCUGUGAGGAAUAUGACAGUGUUCAAAUUUGCCCUGAAUGUAUAAUCAAAAGACCUCCAAGAUCAAGGCACUGCCAAACCUGUGAUACUUGCGUAGAGAAAUUCGACCAUCACUGUCCUUGAAUCAAUAAUUGCAUUGGAGCCCGCAAUUUAGGCCUUUUUUAUUUGUUCCUUAUCAUGACUCUUUUAGUCCUCAUUUCCAAUGCCAUUUUUGAUGCCUUACUCCCCUCUCCAUGAGCGAGCAAAAAUAAUUCUGCUCACUCAUUUAUGUAACAUAAUUUUUUGCUAUCUCAUGAGAAAGUUAGCAUUUUUUACAUCUGAAUACUACUUUAUCAUAGAGCUUCCAUCAAUUGUGCAGCAAAUCUUAUGCAUAUUUUUCUUUCUGAUUUCUUUCGGCUUUAUAGCUCCUGUGCUACUGUUAUUUACAGUGCAAACCAGAAAUUUCUGGACGAAUACAACAACUAAUGAGAGAUAUUCAAGAUCAGCGAGAAUUGCGCUGACACUUGAUAGAUCAGAUUCAGAUUCAAUGGUAGACAGAAAGAGCGUCUUCAAGAAUUGGAAAGAAAUGUGCUGUAAUUCGGAUAAGCAAGGCUCAUAUGGAACUGGGUAUGAAGUAAACGAGCCAAUGGACAAUGAAAUAAGGUUCACAUGGAUUGCAAGUGAGCAUGAAAAAGCUCUGAGAAAACCUUUAUUAGGAUAG